AACGAUGCUGUGGUUCUCUUUACGACAUGGUGCCAUUGCCUGAGGGAGGAAAGAAGAGCAAGUUGGAGGCGGACGAGUCGUUGAAGGAGCAAAUCAAAAUGGCGAGCCAAGAGGAGUCUGUGAGGGAGUUCGUCGCUGUUACUGAUGUUGAUGAGGAGAGGGCCCGGUUUUUCCUGGAGUCCGCCGGCUGGAAUUUGCAGCUUGCAUUGGCCAGUUUCUUUGAGGAUGGAGCUGAUGACGACAUAGUAACGCUUCCUCAACCUGAGGGAGGCUCCUCGGUGUCCCGGUCUGCAGGGCCAAGCACUCAGCCCAGAGUGACCUCCUUCAGAGAUCUGAUGCAUGAGGCAGAGGAGGAAAGUGAUGAGGAGGAAGGCCAAAGGUUUUUUGCGGGGGGAUCAGAGCGCAGUGGGCAGCAGAUCGUUGGGCCUCCCAAGAAGAAGAGCUCCAAUGAAGUGGUGGACGAUUUGUUCAAGGGGGCCAGGGAACAUGGAGCUGUGCCUCUGGACCGGGGUGGGAGAGGGCUAGGAGAGCCCAGCAAAGCCAAGGCCUUCCUUGGUGGAGGCUACAGGCUAGGCGCAGCUCCUGAGGAGGAGUCAGCCUAUGUGUCUGGAGUGAGGCAUGCCUCCAACAGCCAGCAGGAUGUACACGUGGUGCUGAAGCUGUGGAAGACAGGUUUCAGUCUGGAUAACGGUGAACUCAGAAACUACAACGAUCCUGGCAAUGCCAACUUCCUUGAAGCAAUCAGGAAGGGGGAGAUUCCCUUGGAGUUGAGGCAGCGGUCUCGAGGGGGCCAGGUCAACCUAGACAUGGAGGACCACAGGGACGAGGACUUCAGCAAAGUGAGGAUGGUCUUCAAGGCCUUUGGAGGUGAAGGACAGAAGUUGGGAAGUGCCACCCCAGAGUUGGUUUCAGCUCCAGACACCUCCCAGCAGGACCAGGCUGCCAACGAGGCCCAAGCCAGCGCCUCUGUAAGCCUCGACCCCUCCCAGCCCGUCACUAACAUUCAGAUCCGGCUGGCCGACGGCAGCAGGCUGAUCCAAAGGUUCAACCAUACCCACAGGGUGUCUGACCUGCGCCAAUUUGUGGUGGCGGCCCGGCCCACCAUGGCUGCCAGAGAGUUUGUUCUCAUGACCACGUUCCCCAACAAGGAGCUGUCGGACGACAGCCAGACGCUGCAGCAGGCCAACCUCCUCAACGCUGUCAUCGUCCAGCUGCUAAAGUGAGGGGGCGACAGAGCAACUCCCCUGGUGGUGUGGCUGAGUAACUGCAGCCUUGUGAAACUUGCUGCCCCUUCUGAGGGAGGAGAAAACAGACUUAUGUAUGGACUUCUAAUUUCUGAUUUUUGUUUUUCUAAAGUGAAACAUGACAUUCUGCUCCCCAGAUCCCCACUCUUACCCUCAUUCUUAAUACCCACCCCCCUCCUGUGGUCUGUGAUGGGUGGUAAUGAGGGGGAAACUAAAAAUCUUCCAGAAUGGAGUUAAUUUAAGAGCCGUUGGAAGGCCUACAGAUGCUGUUGAAUUGUGGUUUUGAUGGAGAUGUGUUUACCUGACAGCAGUAGAUGGUUUAACCCAAAAACACACACACACACACAGUAACAGUCCGCUUUUCUGAAGAGCAGUUUGGUUGCAGAGGUGUCCACUACACCACUUCCAUUAACUUGCUCCCUACUUUUCCUCUUCCAUUAACCUUCCAUUGGCCCUUCAGCUAUGUUUACUAUUAGGUGCUGGGGCCUCACCAGAUUCAUGCAGCGGCAGACUCCUAGUUUGUUUCUGUCUCAACAGCACAAACCAGAACCACAUAAGGAAUACUAGUCUAAUUAAGGUAAAAGUACAUGUUGAUAGUGUGGUUUUGUACAAGUUUCCAUUUCUCUCCACAUAUUUGUCUUGGAGAGAGAAGUGUAAUGAUGUAACAAAACACUGAGGGUUUUUUUUUUUUUCUCCAAACCAACCUAUACCCAGUAGCCUUACACUUCCUUAUUCACCUCCAGAACCACACCUGUCCUUUUGUUCAAAUGAAGAUGGAAUUAUUUUUUUAAACUGCCUUCCCCCCCCCCCCCUUUCUUUUUUCCUUCACAGAUUGUAGGAUUGUCCCAGUUAGACAGAGGCAUUUUGAUAUUGUGUAACAUGAAAAAGAGUUACACAUGGCUUUAUCAAACCAAUGGUUGAGCAAAAGAACAUAUAGAUUGUAAACACUGGCUUGUAGUAGUGGAAGUGGAAUUCCUAUGACACACUGACAUCUUCUAUGCAUCCUGGGGCAACAAAAAUAUGUUUGGACCUCUGGUAAAAUAAAUCCAUUUUAUGGUUGAUGUAUAAAGAA